AUGCAAUCCACCUUAUAUGUUGCUUCCAAUUCCCUUCCUCAUCCUCACUUACCAUGGAAACCUCAAAAACCCCGCAUUCUCACACUCCAAACACUCAAACUCUCUCUUAAACCAUUAACUCUCUCGAACUCGUUAAAAACAUUAUUCGGCUCCGAAUUCGAAGAUGAAAAACUCGAUAAACAAGACCAACCAACUAUUCUUCUUCGUCUUCCUGUCGUAGUUCGCAAUUCUGGUAGUGUUUCUCGCUACUUAUGGGACGGAGAUGACUUGAAAUUGGUUUCUGUUGACGGAAGUGCAAGGUUUUCGUUGUCGCCGUUUUCUUUAGAUUUCGAAGAUGGGUUUCGGAAGUUGGUUAGAGGGUGUGUUUCGGGUAUAAGGAAUUUUUUUCUUCCGAGGGAAGUAUGUGAGAAUUAUUUGGAGUAUGUGAAGUGGAAAUUUUUGCAUAGAGUCUUCAGUUCUGCACUGCAAGUUCUCGCAACCCAGGCAAUGUUUCGGGCAAUUGGAAUUGGAUACUCGCGUUCACUUGCAUCAGCUGCUGCCCUGAAUUGGGUUUUGAAGGAUGGGCUUGGACGCCUUAGUAGAUGCAUAUAUACUGCUAGCCUAGCGUCUGCUUUUGAUACCAAUUUGAAGAGAGUUAGGUUCUCAACAUCGAUUCUGUUUAGUUUGGGCAUUGGAGUUGAGUUGCUGACUCCUGCAUUUCCCCAAUAUUUUUUGCUUCUCGCAUCUGUAGCCAACAUUGCAAAGCAGAUAAGCCUCGCGUGCUACCUGGCAACUGGUACUGCUGUUCACCGAAGCUUUGCAAUAGCAGACAACCUCGGUGAAGUUUCUGCCAAGGCUCAGAUUCAAACAGUGUGCUUUGAUAACCUUGGGCUUAUGCUUGCUGCACUGUUGAAUAUUUUGUUCAAAAACAAUCAAAGAUUGCAAGCAGGUUUACCGUUUGUCAUAUAUCCAAUCUUCUCAGCAAUUGACCUUUUUGGAAUUUAUCAAGGGCUAAAGCACAUCCAUCUGCAAACCUUAACUAAGGAUAGGCUUGAGAUUAUAAUGAACAUAUGGAUUCAAUUGGGAUAUGUCCCUUCACCUGCAGAAGUGAGUAAAGAGGAAGGUAUUGACUUCUUGCGGAGUAAAGGCAGGGAACUAUGGCCUAUCAGAAUUGGUUGCCCAAAUCCCAGGGGUCAAAUUGCAAGGCUGUCGAUGAUGACAAUGCGAUCUCUGAGUGAUGAGGAUUUCUACUUCAUAUGCAUCGAGAAUUUCUGCCAAGGAUUGAGUAGAAGUGGACAAUUGCAGCAAGGUAUUCUUCUCUGUAUGCGGGAAGGGGCAGGGACUUCAGAUGUCAUCAUGGGUCUGUUGCAGGUGUGUUAUGUCCGUAAAGGGCUCCUAUAUAACAGGAGGGACAAUAUUUUAGAAGCUUGUGACAACCCAGAUUUUGUUUUCAGAGACUGGUUUAAAUUGAUUGAAGAUAGCAAGCGGUCUGCAAGAAAUGAUUUUAACCUGAUAAAUGAACAGAUGUUAGGAUUGGGAUGGGCUUGUAAACAUAUUCUAUUGAACACACAGGAGCAGGCUAGGUAUAGUUUUGUGGAUGACUGA